AUGCGCGAGGCCCUGCAUACGUAUCUGACGGAGAACCACAGCGUGGAUGUCAGCGACUCGGAUAUCAGCUUGUUUCCACUCGUGGGCGAGGGCCGCAUCGAGGAUCGUGUCGAUUUGCUUCUGUCGCAGAUAAUUGACCCCGGACCGCGUGCCGAUGUGCUGGGCGCGGCAGACACAGUCUUUGUGGUGACGCACUCGCAAGGCACGCCGGUGUCGGCCCUGCUGCUGGAGCGGCUGAUGGAGCUCGGCCUGGUGGUGCCACGGCGGCAGCGCGUGUGCAUGCUAGCAAUGGCUGGUAUCAGCCAUGGGCCAAUGCCGUAUCUGCGCGACAACGUGGUGAUCCGGUACAUCGAGUCGGAGGCGGCGCGCGAGCUGUUUGAGCUGAUGGACCCGAGUUCGCCGCAGAGCCAGCGAUACGUGGCCGCGCUGAGCACGAUCCUGCACAAGGGUGUGCGGCUGAUCUGUGUUGGCUCGUGGGUGGACGAGGUUGUGCCGCUGUAUUCGGGCAUCCUGCAGGGAGUGUCACAUCCGAAUGUCUACCGGGCCGUGUAUAUUGAUGCGCCGCACUACCUGGACGACUUUCUGAGCAACCUGAUAGUGUUUGCCUUGCGCCUGCGCAACAUGGGCAUCUACGACCACGACCUGCUGAUCCAUCUAAGCGAGGUCGUGGCGGGCUCGCUGUGGGGCCACUCGGGCCACUCCACCGUGUACGGCGAGCCGGACGUGUACAAGCUGUCGGUCAAAUGGCUAUUGUACUCGACGUCGGCUGUGUCGCAGUCAGCGAUCCAGAGCGGUGGUGCUGCGGUGAGCCGGGCCAGUGGCGAGCAGAUCCACAUGAACUACCGGCCAUUCAAUGCGGCCGAGAAGCUCAACCCGUUCUACAUCCCGUGGAUCAUGCGCACGCUGUGGGACGAGCCCGAGAUCAGACAGAACUCGGUGCUCAGGGCCGAGCUGCGCCGCCUCAUUAUGCUGUACGACAAGUGGAAGCCAGAGACCAAGGCAGGCAAAGAGCUAAAGUACCGACUGGAGCCAGUCAGGGCUGCUAUCUGA